GUUGGGAUUUGUAUAUUCCUCUUUUGUAGAAUAUUAACUAUAAUUUUCAAGCAUAUAUUAACUUUAUUUCUCCCCAAAUCAAAUCCCUCCCAAUAGAAAAAGCCGUCAAACGUCCAAACCGACAAAUAUGACAUCACAAGCAAGAAGCCGAGGCGAGCCGCGGUUGAGCUACCCCACAGCCCGUCAUACACGCUCGCACGACCAUAGUUGCUCGAACAAGUCGGACGAUUUUGUUGAAAACGAAAUCAAGCAAUGUGAAAUAAACAGCCGUCUGUUUGCUCACAUCUCACUGCUCUCCGCCACCAGUAGCAUAUUGAGCCCGCCCAAGGUUCAAUUGCCACUGCUUGUUCAUCUGUGAGCAAGGGAGGAGGCAGGCACCUUCAAGCUCCGACGGGACAGGAUGAUUUCGAGUCUACAGGGUAGGCGGCCACAGGUCCCGCAACAGCAAGUUCUCCCGCCGAUGAACCAGCAGCUUAAUCGCCCCAUGGGAGUGAUGCCUCACCAAAUACGACCGCAGUAUGACUCUGCAUCUCAGCAUCCGGUGUUCUUCACAUCGAGGAUGGUGAAGUUGCCGAAUGGGGUUGCGGGGGUGGGGGCGAGUCCGGUGGCGAUGGGAUACCAGUUUGAGGAGGGGAGGAAGGAUGGUGGCGUGAUUGGGGGGAAGCAGAAGUUAUAAACGACAACAUGAUGGCAAAAGAGAAUUAUUUUCUGGAGUCAACGUUUGAGGUAGCGAGCGUUUGAUGGCUGUGACAAGCUGAAGUAACGAGGAUAUGACUAUCUGGCUUGAGGCCUGGAUGAAAUAUUUCCAAUGAAGGGGAGGUAUGGCUGUGUAUAAACUGAGGCCAGCGGAUAGAUAUU